AUGACGCAUUCAAGGAAGUCAGAGAGUUCCGGGUCUCGAGACAGUGAACUCCCAAUGGAUACUGUCAAGGUCCCUACAAAAAAGAUGUACACAUCAUGGCCAGAUAUGUUAAGACAUUGGCCAAAAACAACAUUGUGCAUCGUUUCGAACGAAUUCUGUGAACGUUUCUCAUACUAUGGAAUGCGAACUGUGCUCACAUUCUACCUUCUCAAUGUACUUCAAUUUUCUGAAGGAGGAUCAACUAUUUUCUUCAAUGGAUUCACUGUUCUAUGCUACACUACACCUCUUCUAGGUUCAAUUAUUGCUGACGGAUAUAUCGGAAAAUUCUGGACAAUCUUCUCGGUUUCAAUUUUAUAUGCUAUAGGACAAGUCAUCCUGGCAUUUGCGUCAAUCAGAAACUACCAAUCAUCAAUCCAUCCAUGGUUGGAUAUGAUCGGUUUAUUGGUUAUUGCAUUCGGUACUGGAGGAAUUAAGCCUUGCGUGUCAGCUUUUGGUGGAGAUCAAUUCGAACUUGGCCAAGAAAGAAUGCUCUCAUUGUUCUUCUCAAUGUUCUACUUCUCGAUUAACGCUGGAUCUAUGAUUUCAACCUUCAUCUCUCCAAUCUUCAGAUCCCAACAAUGUCUCGGUCAAGAUACUUGCUAUCCGUUGGCUUUUGGUGUUCCCGCAGUGCUAAUGAUUUUUGCUACAUUGGUAUUCAUGGGUGGAUCAUUUUGGUACAAGAAGAAUCCGCCAAAAGAAAACAUUUUUGGAGAAGUUGCCCGACUUAUGCUUGUUUCUGUCCGCAAUAAAUCAAGAUCCUCUUCAACUCCAAAAGAGCACUGGCUUUUGCACUACCUUACCACUCAUGAUUGCUCAAAGGAUCCAAAAUGCAUUGAACUUCAAACGUUGAAGAAGAAUAAGAGUCUUUGUCAGAAGAAGCAAUUCAUCGAUGAUGUUCGCUCCUUGCUCCGCGUUUUGGUUAUGUUCCUUCCCGUGCCAAUGUUCUGGGCUCUUUAUGACCAGCAAGGAUCGGUGUGGCUCAUUCAAGCAGUUCAAAUGGAUUGUCGUCUUACCAACAGUCUUUUAAUUCUUCCGGAUCAAAUGCAAACUCUUAACGCCGUUCUCAUUCUCGUAUUUAUUCCAAUGUUCCAAAUUAUUAUCUUCCCAAUCGCUAGCAAACUUGUGACAUUGACGCCGCUCCGAAAAAUGGUUGCUGGCGGUUUCCUGGCUGCUCUCGCUUUUCUGAUCACUGGAUUUGUUCAACUUCAAGUCAACACUACUCUUCCCCAACCUCCCUCAAAAGGUGAAGCUUAUGUUAGCUUCUGGAAUCAAUUCAAUACUCCUUGUGCGUUCGAUGUCACGGAUGGACAUACCACAAGAACUCUUAUUCAAAAUGCGACGCUUCGAGAGGACACGAAUGACAAGAAAGGUGAUCACAAACCAUUCACGACAAAAGGAAAGGACUCAUGGGAACAAAAGUACACACUAAAGUAUACUGGAUCAGGAUGCCCUGCGGGUCUUCCAACCACGUUUGUUGUUCACGCGCAAAGCAAGAACGUUCAUUAUGUUGGAGUUGGAAACUUUGGUAUUUACGAAAACAUUGCCAAGACUGACAAACCAACUGACGGAACUGGAGAAUUUUCAAUGGGAAUUAUUACCGCACUCAAUACUCGAUACGCUGGUAAUUUCGCCAUGUGCCGAAUGGAUGCUAAAGGAUUCGACGCAAAAUAUCCGUGCAAUCCUCGUAGCCCUGCUGAUUUCUAUUAUUGGGAAACCGACUACAACAACCAUCAUGAUGAUCGCGUUUCGAAUUUGACUGUUACUGGAGGCAAUGUUCAAGCGGCUACUUAUUAUAAACACAAAUCAGUGAAGCCAGGACAAUGGGGACUUUUCUACUUACUCGAUACACCAAAAGAUGUACACAAACAAACAGAAGACAAAACGAAGGUUCAGAUUCAAGACACUGGAAUGAGAACAGAAAUCCAUGAACAAGGAGGAGUCUACGUUUUUUCUUUGACUGGAGAAUAUAACAAACCAGUCGUCCACGUUCUCCAAUUGGUUGAGUCUAAUAAAGUCUCGAUUCUUUGGCAAGUACCUCAAAUCGUUGUCAUUACUGCUGCUGAAAUUCUAUUCUCAAUCACGGGUUACGAGUUUGCAUAUUCUCAGUCCGCUCCAUCGAUGAAGGCAAUGGUGCAAGCCUUGUGGCUUCUAACAACUGCGUGCGGUGAUACCAUUAUUGUUAUUAUCACAAUCAUCGAUCCAUUCAGCAAUAUGGCCACAAUGUUCUUUGUUUAUGCAGGCGCUAUGGCAUUUGUCAUCUUUAUUUUUGCCCUCCUUUCAAUUUUCUAUUAUGAAUACAACUAUUAUACCACUGGCGAUGAUGACGAUGAAAACGAAGACAGUGAAAUUGAACCUUCAGUGCGAUAUUCACUCGACAAUAAAGCUUUCGACGCUGAAAAGGAACUUGAAAUUAUGGAUAUUCACUUCUAA